GGGACUCACUCCAGUAGCGGUGUGUGUGUGUGUAUGUGUGUGUCGGUCCCUCAAACUAACGCGAGCAAUGCGCGCACGGAGGGAGAACCGAACGACAGCGAAACACACUCCUCCACAGACCGGUGUUCGCGUCGGAUUAAACCGGGGAGAUCUUCAAAUCAUGGCCGAGACGGGGAAGAAAUAAAGCCUGACGCGUUUGAGUCCGGAGCGAUCUCGCGUAACGUUCCUAGAAGCGCACGAGUAUGAACGAGCCCAGCUGAUCCAGACUCGAACCCGCAGAGUUUAACCAGACGAACCACUACUCGACUCCACCACCACAACACUGCUCGUUCCAGAAACGGCUCAAAUUAGCUCAUUAGUUCGGGUCGCGAGCUAAUUAACGAUGGCGGGGAAGCUGACAGCGCAGGGCGCGGGAAUAUUGCUGGUUACUGCCAACGUUGGAUCACUGUUUGAAGAUCCGGAGAACCUGCAGAAGCUGUGGCUGCGCGAGUUCUGCCAGACGGUUCAGGCUCACAGGCCUCAGUUUGUGGCGGUUCACUGUCAGGAGGUCGGCGGGAAGAACUACGAAGCCUCCAUGACACACGUGGACAGUUUCAUCAAAGAGCUUCUGUCCAGCGACGCCAUGAAGGACUACAACCGUGCACGAGUUUACCUCGACAAGAACUACAAAUCCCAGGAGCAGUUCACAGCUCUUGGGUGUUGCUACUUCCUCCAUGAAUCCUUGAAAAACAUCCAACAGUUUGAUUUCAAAGCCAAGAAGUUCAAGAAGGUGUUGGGGAAGGAGGUCCACUGUGACGCUCUGAGCUCAGGCUCGCUGGAGAAGGAGAAGUUUCCUCAGGACUAUUUCCCGGAGUGCAAGUGGUCCAGAAAAGGCUUCAUCAGAACCCGGUGGACUCUGGGAGACUGUGCCUUUGACCUGGUGAACAUCCACCUGUUCCACGACGCUUCGAACUUGGUUGCGUGGGAAAAGAGUCCCUCGGUUUAUACAGGCACACGACAGAAAGCUCUCGGCUUCGUGCUGGACAGGAUCACGGAUCAACGCUUCGAGCGACUGCCGUAUUUCAUCUUCGGGGACUUUAACUUCAGGUUGGACUCCAAGCAGGUCAUUGAGAGUCUCUGCUCGACCGCCACCAUGCAGACGGUGAAGUCCGCUGACACUAAUGAAGUGCAGAAACUGAUCUUCAAAGAGUCCGACAACGACCACAAGGUCCUCCUACAGGUGGAGAAGAAGAUGUUUAACUACAUUAACCAGGACGUUUUCCGGGAAAACAAUGGAAUGCAGCUUCUACAGUUUGACCGAGAGCUGUGUGUGUUUAAGGAUCGUCUUCACGAGCUGGACAUCUCGUUUCCUCCAAGUUACCCGUACAGUGAGGACUCCAGUCAGGGAAAGCAGUACAUGAACACUCGAUGUCCCUCCUGGUGCGACCGAAUCCUCAUGUCCUCCUCGGCCAAAGACCUGAUCAUGAAGCCGGAGAAUGAGGAGAAAUCAAUAACGUAUGACAACAUCGGACCCAAUGUGUGUAUGGGAGACCACAAGCCGGUCUACUUGUACUUUCGGUUAAACACAGGGGCAGGUAAACCUAAUGCAAAUAAGCACAAGUGUUGUGUCGUGCAGUGAUGUGGAAAUCGGUGCCAAAAGGUGGAGAAGAUUUCAUGAAAAGCGGCCCUGUGCAAAGCUCCAACAUGGGUGGAUGGACACACACACACACACACACACACACACAUGCAAACAGAGGACUCUGUAAAGACUUUUCAGCAGGACUGACCAGUCGCAUUUGUCGCAGUGCAUGCAAUCACGUCCAUAGAAACGACACAUUGAGUUCAUGAAUGCUUCAAGAGUCGAGAUCAUGGACACACACACACACACACACUUCCACUCAAUCGCCAUCAGAUGCUCUUCUCUGACGUCUCUCAGCCUUGUUUCCAAAACUCUAAUAUAGACCACCUGAAAUUACUCUACAGAUUUUAAUCUUUUAGAUACGCCUCUUGAUAAUAUUACAAGCUUCUUCCGUAUCCAGGAUGUAAGAUGUUUUAAAAGGUGCAAUGCAAAAAAACAUGUUGUUGUAUUUCUCUAUUGUUAGGUUUAUUUGUACAUUGGAUUAUCUUUAAUGGAGAUACACUUCUAGACGUUCUUUGUGUUAGAAUAGAUAGGUAUAUUCUGUUUGAUUUCUUUCUUUAUGGAUUAUUAUUUAUCUUUGAUCUCAGAUGUGUUGUUGCUUGCACUCUGCCGUGCCGCGUACCGCCGCCAACUCUCAUUUUAUAUACCGUACUUUUUAAAGAGAUAAUUUAUAAUUCGUACCAAAACUAUUAUGCUGACAUAUUGAUACAAACGGCUGCUUCGGGUGUAACGUUUCACAUGUUUGAAUAGUUCUAAACAAACUGCGAAAUCCACGUCAUUAUUAGCAGAAUAUGCCAUUUCAGCCAAUAUGAUUUAUAUAUAUAAAUAUAUAUAUAGCCAAUUUAAUUAUUUUUUUUAAGCAGUGCCAUAAACCAUGCAAAUAUAUACGAUAGUUUGGAUAGCAGUCUUGCUCGGUUAUUACAGUACUGUUCUUACUCUAACUUAUUUCUGUGUAAUAAUGUUAUGGUUCUGAAUGUGAUAUUUUAAUAGGCCUGGGUAUCUUACAAAUAGCUGUAUCCUUUUCUUUUUGUAUGAUUUUUUUUGUUUCUAUAUUAUUGUGCCAUGGUGCCAACUAUUGAAUUGAACUCAGUCAAAUGUAGAGUUUAAGUUAUGAUUCAGUUCAGCUGUAAGAGGAGAAACACUCAAAUUAAGGACCAGGAGAAACUUCUUUACACUUUACUUUACUGUGGCCGUUUUACACAACAUGUGUUUUUACAAACAUAAUCACAUAUGAAGUUUUACUGGGAUCACACUGUUACAUGAACACUGUACAGUAAAGUGUGAGUGUUAACUCCUCAUGUUUGUGUGUGUGUUCUCAGCAUCAGUGCCGUUUGCUUCUCCUGGUUUAAUUCUACACUACAGAGUUGACAGAGUAGAUGGAUCCUUCAUUUCUGAGUCAGUGGGAAUGAUUUUGUGUCGCCUUGACAGUGAUUUGCUUAGAAAAACUGCUUGUUAACUGUUUUCCCCAUGCAGCAGGUCAGGAGAUAGGAUUCACUCUUUCUUUAAGCAGAUAGCGAUUAGACCUCGCGGAUGGCAAGACCUCCAAAAGCAAUAAAACCAUUAGAACUCAGUGAAUGAAUCAAUGAA